UAAUCUCAUUUUGAUUUUGGUACUCUGAUCGAAGCGAAGGCCAUGGCUGAAGACAUCCCGGAACCGCAACCCCAGGUCGAGGUCUCGCCGGAGGCGGCGCCACCGCCGCCGACGCCGCCGAGGGUGGCGUACCCCUCACUCGCCCUCCAAAUCUGGCCGCCGACCCAGCGCACCCGCGACGCCGUCCGAAGCCGCCUCGUGGAGAACCUCUCGUCUCCCUCCGUCCUCACCAAGCGCUACGGUGCCUUUCCCAUCGAUGAGGCCUCCACUGUCGCCCGCCGCAUCGAGGAGGAGGCAUUUGGUGCUGCAUCCGCCUCCGCCGCCGCCGAUGCUGGAUCUGUCGACGAGGGGAUUGAAGUGAUCCAGAUCUAUUCCAAGGAGAUCAGCAAGAGGAUGCUUGAGGCUGUCAAGGCUAGGGCUCCUGCCCCUGCUGAGAGUUCCCCGGGCUCUGUGGAGGUGAAUUCUCCGCCCACCACUUCUGCGGCUGACGACGCUGCUGGGGAGGAGGCCUCUGCCGCUGAGUCCGAUUCUCCGGCUUCUUGAGUAUUGGAUGGUAUUUGCUUAACUCUUUCCUUGCUUUGGGGAGUGUCGAUCUUGAGGUUGCUAUGCUGGAUCGGAGUAGCUGAAGCUUUUUUAUUGUGGUUUCUAUGGUUUUGUACUUUGCUGUAUGGAUUUCCUGGUUCUCUGGAUGCUUUCCUAUAAAAAAAAUUAUCGCUAGCUUUGAAUA